AAUGAGGAUCUCUGGAAUAAUAAAUGCAGUGAUCUCACCGCCUGAAAUAGUUCAUGUUCCUCCAUCGUUCAGAUUUUCCAGGAAUAAAGUGCCUGCUCAUGAGAAAAAAUUGGAUCUGCGAUAUUUUUUUGAUGUCGGAAACAAGAAGGUCGAGAUCCUGAACUCAGUUUUCACAAAAAUAUGUUUAGACAAAAAUUUUGAAAUUCGAUUUUUUGCGAUGUACUUGAACAAUUUAGAGGCAAGUGGAUCAUUGUACGGAGAUCCGUCUAAUGAGUCUUGGAGCGCAAGUGAUUAUGUGAAAGAUCGAUUUGAAAAUGUUGAAGUUCUGUUCAGUUCUGGGGAUGAAGAAAAGAAAAAGAUUGAAAACCAAACAGACUUACUUUCUGAUAUUUGUAUGGGACAAAGAAUGACUGUUUACGUUGUUGAAAAAUAUUCAGAAAACAACAAUAUAUACUGUCCAAGUUGA